CGGCGUUCGCUCGACGGGCUGCUUGAGCCCGGCUCGUCCAAUAGGGCGGAUAAAGGGAGGGCGGCGUUCCCGGCAUGCAGCGUGCGCUAGUGCCCGGCCGGUGGCUAAGAUGGCGACUCCCAUGCACCGCCUUAUCGCUCGGAGACAGGCGGAAGCAAACAAGCAGCAUGUGAGAUGUCAGAAGUGUUUGGAAUUUGGACACUGGACCUAUGAAUGUACAGGGAAAAGAAAAUAUCUGCAUAGACCAUCAAGGACAACAGAGUUUAAAAAAGCACUUCAGGAAAAAGAGAAGCAACUAUUACAACAGAGCUCUGGAGAAUGCACUACAGACAGGAAGAGCAAGAAGAAGAGGUCUAAAAGUGUCACAAGUUCCAGCAGCAGCAGCAGCGCCAGCUCAGCCAGUGAGUCAUCAUCUGAGAGCGAAGAUUCCUCAUCCUCCUCUUCGGAUGACAGUGACAGUGAUGAAAGCACUUCCUCUUCCUCAUCAUCCCCCUCUUCAAGUAGUUCUUCCAGUUCUUCUGACUUUGAGACAGAUUCUAGUUCCUCCAGCAGUAGCAGCAGCAGCAGCACAGACAGCAGCACGGAUGAUGAGCCGCCAAAGAAAAAGAAGAAGAAAAGUAAUCUGGUGCAGUGUUAGGACUCUGGUGUUGAUGAACGAUUAGCAUCUGAAAUGCUUAAUGGCCAAACGAAACUAACAGGUCGAUUUUUACAAUUGAUUUCUUUUUUUUGUGUUUUACAUAGUAGUUGAUAGGACAUAAACCGUUAAAUGGCAAGUAACGCUUAUUGAAAGAGUAUUUUUGUGGAUUAUUGUUUAAUAGGAAAUGCUACUUUCCCCCCCUUAGUUUUUAAAGAAAUCUAUCAAAUGUUUAUAUGAGCUAAGGUCCAGUCACCCUGAUGUUUACAUGCCAGCAAGCAAAACACAUUUAUUUGAACCAUCCUGUUAUGUUAUAAGCAACCAAUGUCCAUACCAAUGUACUUCAUGUGAAAAGCAAGAUAGGAAGAUAAAGGGUGCAAAGUUUCUAUUUCAGUUGGCUGAUAUGUCAAAGCCAUAUUCAAUCUCCACUAACAGUUAAAAGGGAUGGGUGGGUGAUACUGCCUUCAGCACAAGUG